UUAUACCCCUAACUAGUUAUUGUUGUAUGACCUAUGAUUGUGUAGAAUAGAAGAAGAAGAAGCAGAAGCAGUAUUACGAUGAGUAGCGGCAAGAAGUGUGGACCUCCGAAGCAUCAGAACAAGUAUGCAUGGAAACCCAACGGUGGUCGCAAAAUCAACGAAACUGAAGUUGGAGGAAAGCUUAGACCUUUAUCUGAAAUAACUGGUGUGUGCCCUCGCUGCAAGGAUCAGGUCGAAUGGAAACGCCGUUAUGGCAAGUACAAAUCUCUUGUUGAACCAGCUAAAUGUCAGAGAUGUUCCAAGCGUAAUGUUCGCCAAGCUUAUCAUAACUUGUGUCAUGGAUGUGCCAAGGAGCAUGGUAUUUGUGCAAAGUGUUGUUGCAAGGUGAACAAUAUAGUUGGAAGGGAUAUUUCGGAUGUUGAGGCUGAGCAAAAGAUGCUUGAGGAGGCCAUUAAGAAUUCUCGGGAGAGAGAAAGGAGAACCCUAUUGCGUGCUAUGAACAAAGACAAAUCUAAGAGUUCAAGAGAUACCCCAACAGAUACUAAAGAUAAUAAAGUUGGACAAUUAUUUCCAAAUGCAUCCCUGGAAGAUUAUGCCAAACUGAAUAGAGUCAACGAUGAUCAUGAUGAUGGUGAAAUUUGUGAUAGUAAAGAUGAUGAUAGUGAGGAUGAAGUUUGUGAUGACAAAGAUGAUAACAGUGAGAAUGAAGAUUGUGAUGAGGAGGAUGAUGACGAUGACAAUGAGGACGAAGCUCCUGAUCAAAUAAAUCCCAAAAAUGAAUGAUUCUGGACAUUUGGCAAUGUCAGUUUCCUACAGAAAUUGCAUCGUGGGGAUACAUAUAUCUUUGCAGUUUGUUUUUCGCAUAUUAGUUGGAUUCUAGGUGAGAAAUAUUUCUUGUCGAAUACAAAUUUUGUAUGAGUUGUAUCAUUAUUUUGUCAAUCAAAAAGUAAACAAAACAGGACAUCCGGUGUCUCCUAUCAAUUAUACUUUUAGAGUUUAGAUGCGGUAUGCUCCUGUUGGGCUAUUGGUGGCUUUUGUUUCAGUGUAUUUAACUC